AUGAAAUUUUAUACCGCUAGUAUGAAAAAAAUAAUGACACGAUCUUCUAAAAUUAAUAAAUAUAAUAUUGGAGAAUUAGUAAAAAUAAAGAUUCCAAAAGAAGAUAGAGGAAAAACUAAUAGAACUCAUUUAUCUUGUAAAAUACUUAAUUCUAGUAGAAAUGAUAAGUAUCAAUUAGGAUGUCAAUUUAACGUAUUAAAUAUUACUUAUUCAGUUAGACAUUUAGAAAUAUUAAAUACUCAUAUUUCUGAAUUAGAAGAAAUAUCAAGAAAAUCAAUUUCUCUUAGAGAAGCUACAAGAUUACAAUCUACUAUAUAA